CAUCCGAGUGAGGCUCGUUUAAAAAACGAACGCGCGGAUCCGCGUAGCGCGUACGCACGGUGCGCGGUCGAAUUUCGAAUUCGCGCGCUUCGAUUUGCAAAUUUUAAAAACUUUAUGUUAUGAUUUUAUUAUCAUUUAUUUUUUAAUGAAAUUUUAUCAAUGACUGAUUGUAACUGGACUGAAAAUAAGUGGAUAAUUAAAAGUGAUAAAAUGUGUAGUUUAGUGAUAUUAUGAUAUACGUAUGUGAUAAACACUGUAACUUUUUAUAAAGGAACUUUGGUGUACAGCUGACUGUGCUUGAGAAAGACAAGAUGAAUCAACAGUGCAAAGUAUGCGGGGAACCUGCGGCGGGGUUCCAUUUUGGAGCGUUUACGUGCGAAGGAUGCAAGUCGUUCUUCGGGCGUACGUACAACAACCUGUCCUCGAUAUCAGAAUGCAAGAAUAACGGGGAGUGUGUCAUAAACAAAAAGAAUAGGACUGCGUGUAAGGCGUGUCGUCUGCGGAAAUGCCUGCUCGUCGGCAUGUCAAAAUCUGGCUCGCGGUACGGACGGCGGUCCAACUGGUUUAAGAUCCAUUGCUUACUCCAAGAACAGCAACAACAACACAUGCAACAGCUACAAAGCAGCAAAUCACCACCGUCAUUCAAUUCCUCGAUCAGCCCAUCCUUCCUUCCUGCUAACCUCCUGCCAGCAGCCGCAUUGGCUGAAUAUUAUAAAUCUUCAGAAAAGACUCAAUUCACCGAUGACGUAACACGACAGAGUGUAUCGCCAUCAGAUUCUGGGGCAUCAUCAGCUGAUCCCGAAGACGACAAUAGCUCGAGAAGUACCAGCGGUCUUAGCAUCUUCAGACCAGCAUCGUCACCUUGCAGUGAAAAGGAUGUAAGAUUACAAGCAAUUAGGAAUCAAAAUAAGGACGUCAAAAAACGAAAACCUUCGACUUUACCACCUUCUCCGUUCACAGUAUCAGCGCCACCAAGUUUCUCACCAAGAGGUGGUUCGUUUUUAACGCCAAUACCAAACUUAAGACCGGUCCCUCCUGGGAUCAACUGGCAAAACCGCAAUGGUGGAGAUUUACUUCUCCAUUCUCCAGCAGUCGGUGGAGUGGCGGUGGAACAAGACCAGCCAAUAGACCUGUCAAUCAAAUCGACUGCCAUGCUGUUCAGAAGUCCGAAAAACGAAGAAGUGAGUGAUUCAGAACCAGAACUAAGCAUCGAUCUUAGUGAAGACCAUAAGGAUAUGAUGAAGAAUCCUUUAGACUUAUCUCUUGUGCCGAAAAGAACAGAAGAAGUGCCUAUGACUGGAUGAAGAUGUUUCUUAGGACCUGUGUAGAGGGCUUGAAUUUGUUUAGCAAGUUAAAAUAUUAGGCUGGCCGUACUUUAGAUACGUUUUUGUACGAAUUGACGAUUACGAGUAUUCAUCUUACCAAUAUUGGCCAGUUACGACCAAGUCGCACCCAGCAGAUAUGCAUUUCCUUAGCAUCCACUUGGAAUAUUUGGUUCCUGCAUGAUCUUAUUGUGUUGGUGCGAUGAAGAGACGAAUUCGUAUGAAAACGCUUCUAAAGUGUUACACAAAUACUGCCUUAAGUUUCGCACAAAAACUAAAAUAUAAUCAAUCGAGAUUUAUGGGGACACAAAUACUCCCCGAUGAAGAAUUAGGGCCCUAGGUCAUCAAGGUGGCGCGAACCCGGUUGCGCCACCAACAAAUGUAUGCAGUUGUAUAAACAAAAUCUCACCUGAUGUCAACUGCAUACAGUUUGGUGGUGGCGCGACCGAGGAGGCGCCAUCAUGGUGUCCUAAUGAGGUAGGACCCUAAUAAUUUUAACCAUUUAGCUUUUGCCGCAGGACGUAGACUAUUGAUUUACUUAGGCUAGGCCUCGCUAUGACGCGGGCGUUACGCAAGGGGUAAUGUUGCGAGUUGCGUCACACGUCACUACCCGUAAUAUCGCUUUUGCAUGAACUCUGCCAUAAAUCGCAAUACGUUUGUAUUCACCGCUAAGUGAAUCAAUAGUUCCUGUGCCACUUUUUCUAAAAGCAACUUUCAUUGAUUAUUAUUCUAAACUCAAAUAAGAUCUUUCUACACAGGACCAUUGCCUUGAAAAUACACCGUGAGUCACAGCAGCCAUGUUCUUUAUUUAUAUGUAAAUAAGGUUUAAACUUCUACGUUAUACUCUGCCAUACAGUAUUUAAGUACAUUCCUUCUUCUUUAUUACCUGAGUCUUGCUACCAUUAGUAUUUUUUUUUUUACUUUUUUGUAUUGUAGUUAGUAAAAUGCUUUUAGUAUUAAGAUAAUUCGCGAAAGCAAUGUCCCAGGUGUAAAACUUUUGCCAUAGGUAAUAAAUAUUUUAUGUCAAAUGACAAAAAACUAAUUGAAACAUAAAAUAAUGUAAUUAUGUAUGGUAGCAUCAAUGCAUAUUUAUAUACGUAUAAAAACGAAGAAGAUUGAAUAAUGUACCAUCAAAUACAUUUUCCUUAUGUAUUAUAUUUUUCAUCUCUUCUUCGACCAAACAUGUAAACAGAUAUGGAACAUACUCUAUCGCGGUGCUCUUUUGUGGGUAUGGAGCAUUAUUUAAAAAAAAACACCAUAUUUAUGAUUUUUAUUAAUCGAAAUGAUUAAACAGCCAGCCCACUGUGGAGGAGCGUGGUGGAGCAUAAAACUCCAAGCCCCCUGUGAUUCAUAAGGGGCAGCCUGUGCCCAACAGUGGGACGUGUAUAAUCUGUUUGUGUUCUUUAUUAAAACACAUGUCAACCUACAUAAUAUGAUUACAAAAUUGGGACAUAGCAAACUGCUAUAGAAAAUUAAAAUAGGAAAAAUAAAAUGUGAUUGAAAUUUUUUCCUGAAAUGUAUAUACAUAAUUAUGAAAAUAUUUGUAUGAUUCUACGUGCCAGUUGUAUGGAAUUAUGCCAGUGAAUUGUUUUACCAUUUUAGUUUUUAUUUGUAUGGGAUCAAAGGCCAGUUGAACGAAGCUCAAAAUUUGUACAAAUUAGGAAAUUCGUGUAUAAAUACUAUUGUUAAUAAGUUCAUUUUGUAACAAAAUUUAUAUAAGUAUUUAUUUUUUAGUAUUAGGCCAGUUUUGUAUUGAGUCAUUCCUUUCUUAAGUACUUACUUAAAUAAGAGUAGUUUUUUUUUGUAAUUAUAAUUUAUAUUUUAGUGUACUUUUAAUGUGCUUGUGUGUUAUUUUGUUUCGUUUGUUAGAGAUUUUUAUACUUUUAAAGCAUUCCAUGUUAAUGCUCUUUCCAGUAAUAGGUAGUGUAAUUUUAUGCUCAUUUUUUACAAUUGUUCAAACAUUUCUUGGAUAGUUAGGACCCUAUCCCACUUGGCCACUAUAGUGGCGCUUGAAACAAAAUGUAUGCAGUUGUAUAAGGAUGUCUUACCUAGUUUCGCUACCAAUUUGUUGCUGAAAAUAAUUUCCCACUGGUGGCUAUGGUGUUCUAGUGAGAUAGGGCCCAAAGGUGCCAUUGAUAAACAAAAAUAUACCUACGUAACUUUACAAAUACAAUUAAUUAAGUGUACAAUAAGUUGGCCUAUUUCUAAAAACCUUUUUUAUACCUUUCAAUCUGUGAAAAAAAAAAGAAAAAAUAAACUUAAUUUGAAAAAAGAAUAGGCCUGCAGUACUGACUAAGUUAUCAAUAGAUAGAAGUUGUUGUCCAUUGUGAUACGAUAAGUUUUAUAUCUAUGUGUUUACAUUUUUUACGUUUAUAAAAUAAAUCUUAAUAUAUUUUUGAGAAAAAAAUAAUAAA